AUGAAUAAGAUUUUGUGGGUUUUUGAUAUUUUCAGGUUUACAGAGGUGUGGGAAGAGUUGCAGAAGCUGAUAAAGCAAGGCAUUGAUCCUAAUACUCAUAAACCAGUACCUGAAUCCCGAGAUCUGAUUCUACAGCCAAAAGGGCUUCCAAAUUUGGCAAAUUCAGAUGAAAUAGGACAAGAAUUUUGGCCAAACAACAUAAUUUGCUAUAACAGCGGACAAAAAGAAUAUGAUCCUCUGUUCUUCUCUGAGUUUCAAGAAAGUUCUGAUCCUAUCGGAUACCAUUCAAAUUUUGUAACUGAUCAUGAUCAUCAGAUUAAUCAGAUUGUGGGAAAUCCUAAUUCGAAUUUGCUACAUGGGCUCACCUCAAUGCCAGAUUUAGCAAAUUUCAAUGCCGGGAAUUUCAUGUCACACAGAUCUUUCUGA